AGGCACUGGACCGUAAGUUCGAAAAGGUUUUCAGUGUAACUCUGAUCGUGGCCAUUGAAAUAUAGUGCUAUUCAGUUUUUAAUGCAGUGAGCGAGGAUCCUCGUUUAUAUAUUUUGAGGGCGUGCAUAUGAUCAGGAUGGCAAUGCUGAUGAUUUGUUGUUAAUUUCUGGUGAUAUAUCAGGCGAUCCAUAGCUGUCAUCGAGUGACAUGGAUCCGGAUCGCUAUCCUACCAUUCCCAUGGUCGAUUAUUCUCUGCAAGAGGAAGAUCAUAUGACUGGAUACGAAAGCAUCAUCUUUCCUUCUCCAAGAAACAGCAGAAACCUUGAUCUUGGUGCACCAGGUAGAUCUCCUCAUAGACCUUCCCAGACACGCAGUGUCAUCAUCAACAAUGCAGCUAGGAGACCACGCUCUGACUUACGCCCAAGUUCCUGGAACACCAACCCAAGGAGUGGUGUUAUCAUCCAGCAUCUUAAUUCCAUUCCACGGGAUGCAGAGCGACCAAGGAUAGUGGAGGUUACUGGGAUUGAAGAUUUGGAUGAAGCGAAUGGCGAUGGUCGAGGCAUCACCAGCCCGGAUUACCCAGUAUCCGAACCCGAUAGGGUUGGUCGAAAUACUGGGUAUCCGACGCUGCCGGUUGACACUGGACCAUCGUUACCGGACAGGGACUAUCACCCUAACAGCGACAGCAGACCGGAUAUCCAUCGUGUGAAUCUGAGUGCCGGAGACGAGGGAGAUCCACCUGGGGAAACGGUUAUCCCUCCAUCCUCACCUCCACCACCUGCACCGCCUCCUCCACCUCUUCCCCAAGCACAAUCCGAGAAUACCCCGAGUACACAACCGCCCCAAGGGAACACAGGAGAGGAUACUGAAAAUCAAGAACUGCAUAUAGUUCUAAGACGAGCACUUGCAAGGAACUUUGAUACAACUCAACCUAAUCAAGACGAAGCUGAACAACAGCAAGGAGAUGAACCGAGGAGAGUUUCCAAUUUUACACAAACUCGGCACGACCCACUGCAGUCAACUCAAGUACAAACUACACUUGAAAGACCUUCUCGUCGUGGGGACACAAAUGAACGACAAUCGGACAAUCUUAAGAAUACCAAAAGGUCCAGUAAGGGCAUGGAUCAAAGGUCACAACAAAAUCGAGAGGCAGAGAGAAGGUCAGGUCAUCGUAAUAGUGAAUCGUUUGAACACAAUGUAUUUGGGCCAAGAUUUCAUUCGGAUGAUUUUCACUCAUCCCAAGGUUACCAGCCAUCGCGACCACGUUCGCGAGUAGAAACCGACGACUUCCCUCGGCGAUCUUCACGGAUAAUCGAACAAAUCAUAAUCACAAGAGAAAUCGAUCCAUCUUCUGGUCACCCAAUGGAAUCAGUACCAAUGCAUCCGCCAUCGAGGCCCCAGUCAGGACCUAACAUUGUCUACAACAACUCCGUGCGUGAAAGUGGCCGCAGAUCUCGCGGAUGGGGACCAUUUGGUGAAACGCAUCGACAGUGGUCCCCGCGUGAUGGAAACGAACAUUUGGAUCUUACUGGCAUCGUGGCAGGUAUUGAAACUGACACGGACGCUGGAGACGACUUCGGCUACAGCUACGGUUAUAUGCCUGGUGAAGUGGCAGGACGAAGGGGGAGGACAAACCAAGGAUAUGAUGUGAGUCCGCCGGAAGAACGACGACGUCCUGAGGUUACAAGGAUGCCUUCCGGUCACUCAGCAUUGAAUGAAGGCUUCAAUGUUCCUCCGCCUCCGCCAUACACCGAAAGAGAUGUUUCACCACCAAACCUUCGGUCUGCUGGAAGAUCGACUGGUCAUCCUUUGGGUAGAUCAAGUAGAAGGAGAAGUUGGCUAGCAGGUGAUAGUGACAGAUCUUCGACCAUUACUACAGGAUGGACGCAACGGACACGAGUCGUGUUUGCCGUCAUGCUCUUACUGUGCAUCCUUCUCCUUUUGGGAUUGGUCGUAGUAGUCUGCAUUUAUUUUACUGCUGGACCGGGUAAAGACUGUCUAAGUACUGGACCAUGCGAGGAACCAUCAAUUGGAUAUAUAAUCGCAUUUGCUGUUAUCGGAUUUCUAGCAUUCAUUUUCAUGCUCAUUGGCAUCAUCCUCUGCUGUUUCGCAUGUCGGAUAUCCAGAGAGAAACGGAUGCAGAACUAUCCGGUCUCGGUUCGUCGGUAACAGCCGCUCUUGAUUAUCGUUAACAGCAGUCCAUCACCCCCAACCGAAUCAGCACAAUGGACCUUCUCAGCAAAAUGCAAUUUUAGUAUCAUGGGUGGCUGAUAUUGUCGGCACACAUUAUGCAUCAACUUAAUUGUCAUUAAGAAGAGCAUGGAACAAACAUUUAACCGAUCAUUAAUGGAAUAUGUUUUUUGGUUCUGGGGCCCGUUGCAGAAAGAGUUGCAAUCAAUCGUAACUCUAAAAAAUCAUGCGCAACUUAAUUUUCAACGAAUCAACAGCGCGCAUUUGGGACUUGCGAUUGAUUUUUUGACUUGCGUUUAAACGCAACUCUUUCUGCAACGGACCCCAGAUGGCAUAUAAUCCCGAACAUCCACGGUCGAUCCAGUCAGGCUUUUAUGAAGCAAAAGCAGACCUGUAGGCUGGAUGAAUGUGAUACAUUACAGUUCCACAAUAAACGUACUGGUGGGCUUUUAUUUAUUUGUUUUAUUUGGGGGCCGAAUUCCUAAAUUACAAAAACGAGUAAAACAUAAUUAAUAUCUCCUUUUAUCUUUACCUCAUUUAUUUCGGUCUUUCACUGAAUUACCAAGGGCGAAUCAAAUUAUAUCAUCCAUGAAAUAUAUUGCAAAAUUGAAUUAUUUAAAGUGUUUAUUCUUUCAUUGCUUGAUUCGCUCGCUCGUAUAUAUCUUGGAAAUGGCGAUGAACCGUAUUCAGAACUCCAACCCCUUAAAAUAAUUGUGUAAUUGCACCACUCAUUUAUAGUAACUAAAUUUGAUUUUUUUUAAAUUACAUCUCAAUUCAAAUGUGUAUUACGUAAUAGU